AGACAGCAUUGUCUCUUACAGCGAACGAGGUCACAGUGGUUGUCUACAUGUUCGUUUACAGUGGUCUGCGUGUGUUUUGAAUACACUUAUAUAAAGAGAUAAUUUAAUUCUUCUGUAGGUGAUUCCAUGGUUGGACCCCAGUUGUGAACACAUUUUUUCGCAUACUUGAAUGAGCAGCAGCUUACCACAAGUUCUCCCAGCACUCCAGUGUCGAUGGAAAAUUUGGGUCUCAUGGCAACAACAGCAGUAGCAGUAACACUUCACAACAAUUUCACCCACCAUUCCUGUGUGGACGGAAAAUAUGGAUUUUAUAUCAACAACAGCAACAGUUCACCCCAAGUCCAAACCUGUUGCGUAACAAGCUUAUAAGACGUCCGUCAAUUCUCUGUUACUCACUGCAUCUGCUAGAAGCGGAACAGCAGCUACUGGAAACAGGGGCCGGUGCGCGGCAGCCGUAGGCGACGUGAGGGGACAGGCUGAACAAAUGUUUGUCCAGGUGUCACGGAGGGCGAGGGACUGCAUGUAGAGCAGCCGGCUCUCGCCGCGUGACAACAGAGGCAGGCUCGUCGCGAAAACAAGGCGGUUCCGCCCCUCCCCCAACGCUUGCGGCACCGCCUCGCGUUGCGAUUGGUCAGGAGGGGGGCGGCGGUCUGGCGCGCGCUGGUAUAAGAAGGCGCAGCCACGGGCAGCGGGCGUCAGCACCUCGGGAGCCCGCCAGCUAGCAUGCAGACACCUGCGGCCCGUGGAGCGCUCCUCGUGUUGGCCGCCGUGGUGGCGGCCGCCAUGGCGCAGAAGGACCCCUACUGGCUGCCCGGCAGGACGGCCAUGGUGCACCUGUUCGAGUGGAAGUGGGCAGACAUCGCCGCAGAGUGCGAGAACUUCCUCGGCCCCAAGGGCUUCGGUGGCGUGCAGGUGUCGCCCCCUACGGAGAACCUGGCCAUCACGCAGCGCAAUCGCCCCUGGUGGGAGAGGUACCAGCCCGUCUCCUACAACCUGGUCACGCGCUCCGGAGACGAGGCCGCUUUCGCCGACAUGGUGAAGCGCUGCAAUGACGUGGGUGUCAGGAUCUACGCUGACGUCAUUCUGAACCACAUGACGGGUACGUGGGACGGAGAGGUGGGCACUGGGGGAUCCAUACCCGACACCGCCGCCUACAGCUACCCCGACGUGCCCUACACCAAGGACAACUUCCACCCCUACUGCCUCGUCAACAACUACCAGGACGCCAACAACAUAAGGAAUUGCGAGCUGGUGGAGCUGCACGACCUGGACCAGUCGCAGGAGUUUGUGCGCCAGAAGCUGUCCGGGUACCUCAACCACCUGGUGGAGCUCGGUGUCGCCGGCUUCAGGGUGGACUCUGCGAAACACAUGACGCCCUCGGAGCUGAAACUCAUCUACGACGCUGUGAGCGAUCUCAACACUGACUUCGGCUUCCCCGCGGGUAGCCGCCCCUUCAUCUUCCAGGAGGUCAUCGACUUCGGUAACGAGGCAGUGUCCGAGUCUGAAUACACAGACAUGGGCCGUGUCAUCGAGUUCCGUUACAGCGCCGAGAUCGGCAGAGGAUUCCGCCAGAACAACCCUCUCAAAUGGUUCUACAACUUCGGUGAAGCCUGGGCUAUGGAGUCCGACGAGAACGUCGUCGUCUUCGUGGACAACCACGACAACCAGAGGGGACACGGAGCUGGAGGUGACCAGAUCCUGACGUACAAGGUGCCGCGCCAGUACAAGAUGGCGGUCGCCUUUAUGCUGGCGUGGCCCUUCGGCGCACCUCGUCUCAUGUCCAGCUUUGCCUUCACGGACACCGAGGCUGGACCACCGAUGGACGAAAACCAGAACACCAUCUCGCCCACUUUCAAUGAGGACGGCUCAUGUGACGAAAACUGGGUGUGCGAGCACCGCUGGCGACCCAUCUACAACAUGCUCAGCUUCAGGAUCGCCACCGAAGGAACCAACGCCACCAACUGGUGGGACAACGACAACAACCAGAUAGCUUUCUGCCGCGAAGACAAGGGAUUCAUCGUCAUCAACGACGACAACGUGGACCUUCAGGAGACGCUGACGACGUGUCUGCCUGCUGGAGACUACUGUGACGUCAUCUCUGGUGAGCCGACGGACACGGGCUGCUCGGGCAAAACCAUCACCGUCAACAGCGACGGCACAGCCACCUUCGAGAUCCUCACCACGGACGAAGAGGGCACCAUUGCCAUCCACGUGAACGCCAUGUCUGGAUCCGGCGGACUGACUACAGCUGCGCCCACUGGAUCCACCAGCGACAGCGGCCACACGACGGACCCCUGCGGAUGCGAGUCGACCACCGAGCUCACGACCACGACCACCACGGAGAACCCGUGCCGCUAACGAGCCACCCUGGUGUGGCUUCACCUUGCGUAAACCAACGAUCACUGUGAACUGUAUCAUUUACUAGUCUGUGCACAAUAAAGUCUAGUUUUUACUGCACUGAAA